AUGUUCCAUGAGACGUUCUAUCAAAAAUGUGACGACGGGACACGUUUCGUCGACGCACUCAAGAAACAGGGUAUUAUACCUGGAAUCAAGCCUGGACAAAAGCGUUAUCGGAGAUGGCAGCACAUUUGGCUGAAGAACCACACAAGCGAAUGUGAUGCAUUUGAAUGGCACGUUUGUGCUCAAGUACGAAAGAAGGAUGGUGCUCAGUUCGCGAAGUGGCGUUGUGUACACAAGAUCUCUUACAACACACCGUCUCAUAUGGCUUUAGUGGAGAUUGCAUCGGUUCUUGCUCGUUACGCUUCAAUAUGCCAACAAAAUGGUCUGGUGCCAAUUGUCGAACCAGAGAUCCUUCCCGAUGGCCCACAUGACCUAGACACCUGUCGGAGGACUACAGAAAUCGUGCUGUCCUACUGCUACCGAGCGCUAAACGAUCACCAUGUGUACCUAGAAGGAACUCUCCUGAAGCCCAAUAUGGUCACAGCAGGGCAGAAUUUCGACGGUCCUAAACCAAAACCAGAGGACGUUGCUCUCGCUACCGUCACUGCAUUACUGCGAUCAGUACCACCAGCUGUUCCGGGUGUGGUAUUCCUUUCAGGAGGACAAUCCGAAGAAGAUGCCACAUUGAACUUGAAUGCUAUGAACCAGUACGUAAUCAAGAUCAAAUGCAAGAAGCCAUGGGUACUAACGUUCUCUUACGGACGAGCUCUUCAAGCGUCAUGUAUGGCAAAAUGGAAAGGUCAAGAUAGCAAUGUCAAGGAUGCUCAGGCCAUUCUUCUACAACGAGCGCGGGCAAACUCGAUGGCAGCCCUCGGCAAAUAUACUGGCGAUGCGGAAUGCUGGAGGUGCCGCCUCAAAAUCCCUAUUCGUAGCCAAUCAUGCUUACUAGUCCUUAUCAGUAUCAACUAUGAAAGAUUCAGCACAUACUCGACGAUUAUUGUAUACACAUAG